AUGGUUGCUGAUGAAUAUUCUAAAGAGAGUUUCUUAUGGUUGUUUCAGAGUAUAUGGCUUCGCGCCAUGCGAGGUCGUCCUCCAAGGUCCAUUGUAGCUGAUCAAGACUUGCCUAUAAAGCAAGCCUUGUCCCGGGUCUUUCCCGGAGCACAUCAUCGUUACUCAGCUUGGCAAAUCAGGGAGACAGAACGAGUGAAUCUCAGACCUUUCCCAAGCGAGUUCGAGUACGAGUACGAGAAAUGUUUAUACCAGACGCAGACCGUCGUGGAGUUCGACUCGGUUUGGAACACUCUCGUCGACAAGUACGGUCUUAGAGACAACGUUUGGCUCAGAGAAGUCUACGAACACCGUGAGAAUUGGAUGAAGGAGCCCGUCGAAGAGCAAUGCAGGAGGCUCUACACGCUAACCGUCUUCAGAAUCUUCCAGAACGAGCUCGUACAGUCUUACAACUACCUUUGUUUAAAGACUCACGAAGAAGGAGCUGUGAGUAGGUUCUGGGUGAGAAAAGAGAGUGAGAAACAUGCUGUGACUUUCAGUGCGUCGAAUCUCAGCUCGAGUUGUAGUUGUCAGAUGUUUGAGCACGAAGGAGUUCUGUGUAGACAUAUCUUGAAAGUGUUUAAUCUCUUGGAUGUGAGAGAGCUCCCGUCUAGGUAUAUACUGCACAUAUGGACCAAGAACACAGAGUUUGGGUUUGUGCGUGUUGUGGAAUCAGUUGUGAGUUCUCGAGAUCUUAAGGCCUUGAUGGUUUGGAGUUUGAGAGAAGCUGCUUCUAAAUAUAUAGAGUUUGGGACUUCGUCUCUGGAGAAGUAUAAGCUUGCUUAUGAAAUUAUGCGUGAGGGUGGGAAGAAACUUUGUUGCCAGAGAUGA